UAUAACCUAUAAAGGGUAAUAGAAAUAGAAUGAUUUUUUCGUUGUUUUUGGUUAAUUAUGUCAACAAAAUUAAAGUUAUAUCUAGGUAGAAAGGUAAUAGAUUGUCUGCAUAAUUCAAGAAAGUUAUCGGCUUUGGAACUACAGCCUUUAAUAAGAUUAGGAAACACUGCUGAAGAUAAAAUAGAACUUAGUUUACCUCUUAAUAUCUUGGAAAAACAACUAGGUGUUACCAAUGUUACAGAAAUUUUGAAAAUACAGCCAGACGACAUUAUAAAAAAUGUACAAGUUGUACGAGAUCGGGCAAACAGAAGGAUUGCUUUUGAGAUCGACAAAUACAUUUUUGUUAAAGAUGUAAUGGAAAAUAGUGCUUCCCCAGACCUUAACGACAAACCUAGAAAUGUCGUCAUAGACUACAGCUCACCAAAUAUCGCAAAGCCUUUUCAUUUCGGCCAUUUGAGGUCUACUAUCAUCGGUAAUUUUCUUAGUAAUUUAAAUCAUUUCUUGAGUAAUAAAGUGACAAGGUUAAAUUAUAUAGGAAACUGGGGUACUCAGUAUGGUUUUAUCAAAUUAGGGGUAGAAGAUUUGAAGUAUACUAUUAAAGAUAUUGAAAAAAAUCCACUGAAGUUGUUAUAUCAAAGUUAUGUUCAUGCUAACACUAUGGCCGAAAAGGAUCCCAAUUUUUUACAAAGGGCUAAAGACAUAUUUGCACAAUUGGAGAGUGGGUCUGAGAAAGAAUUGAAGUUUUGGAAAAGUGUAAUGGAAUUUUCGAAAAAUGAUUUAAUAGAAACAUACAAGAGACUGGGCAUUAAGUUUGAUGUUUAUAAUUACGAAUCUGAUUAUAAUGCUACUGAACUUGAGGAUAUAUUGGAGAUUCUGAGGAAGAAAAAUAUUAUUCAUAAAGAUAAAGAUGGGAAGGAAUCGACAGUUAUAGAUGAUAGGAGGGUCACAGUAGUAAAGAGUGAUGGUUCAGGUUUAUAUUUAACAAGAGACAUAGCAGCUGCCAUAGACAGAUUCAAAAAAUUCAACUUUGACAAAAUGUAUUACGUGGUAGAUAAUAGCCAGACUGAUCACUUCCAUAACUUAACAAAGAUUUUGUACAGAAUGGAUUUGCCUUGGGCUAAUCGACUGACUCAUGUUAAGUUUGGUAGAGUACAGGGAAUGAGUUCCAGAAAAGGAAAUGCCAUAUUUUUGAAUGAUAUUUUAGAUGAAUGUAGAGAUAAAAUGAUUCAGAAGCAAAUAGAGUCACCAACAACUAAAGCAAAAAUUCAGGAUGGUGUGGCUGCUGAUAUUUUGGGCAUAUCUUGUAUUAUUGUUAAUGAUUUGAAGAGGCGACGACAGAAAGAUUAUGAAUUUGCUUGGGAUCAAGCUUUACAGGCACAAGGAGACACCGGUAUAAAGCUCCAAUACGUACACUGCCGAUUAUACAAUUUAGAAAUAAAUUCCGGAAUGAUGCCAGCUAAAGAAUGCGUUCCUGAAAUGCUGUUUGAACGUGAAACCAUAGCUUUACUAAAAGAUUUGGCGAGGUUUCACGAGGUUCUUUAUCAAGCCAAUGACCAAUUAGAGGCGUAUGUUUUGGUGAAUUACCUGUUUCAUUUGUGUAACCACAUCAACAAAGCAUUUAAAACUUUAAAAGUGAAAGGAAUGGAUCCGGAUGUAGCAUCCCAAAGAUUAUUAUUGUUUAAAACUGCCAGAGAAUUGUUGGGUAAUGGUAUGACCAUUUUAGGAUUGCAACCCUUGAAGCAGAUGUGAUAUACUGAUAAAAUUCAAAUAAAUGUU